GCCAACGGUCACCUCCGGCUUUCACCACUUGUCUCGCCCUGCUCUCAUCUGGAUGGACACAACCGUGGAAAGAAAGAAGACCUCGUCGCCAAAAGUCUGCCCGCUCGCCGUGCCUGCUCUGCUCGGGCUCCACCAUUAAUUAAUAGCCCCGGGGAGCUUCCCCACGCUCCUCAUCCAGCUAACUAGCCACCCCCAGUCCGGCCGGCCGAACCGAGCACGGGCGCACGGCCAGCCAUGGGCUUCUGGCAGCGCGACUGCUGCAACUGCGACUCCUGCAGCUGGACUACCGUCGCCAUCUGGGCCGCCGUCGCCGCCGUCAUCGCGGCCGUCCUCACCGUCCUCAUCAUCGCCUUCGCCGUCUUCAAGCCGCCCACCGCCACCGCGGACGACGCCCUGCUCACGCGCUUCUCCCUCUCCGCCGCCGCCAACUCCACGCAGCUUCUCUCCUACAACGUCACGGUCACCAUGUCCCUGCGCAACCCCAACAUGUACCGCAGCAUCUCCUACGGCGCCAUGGCCGCCGCCUUCUCCUUCAACGGCACCCGCUUCGAGGACGACGCCACCGUGCAGCCGUUCGACCAGGGCGCCAAGAAGACGACCACGGUGCGGGUCACCGUCGGCGGCGUGGCCAAGGCCCUGCCCAUGCUGUCGGCGGCGGGACCGGCGGAGUUCGCCAGAGAGAAGGAGGCCGGGCAGUUCCAGGUGGAGGCGCGGCUGGACGGCGUGAUGCAGUACAAGGGCCGCGGCAAGAAGUGCCCCGUCGCCGUCAUCUGCCCGCUCCUGCUGCAGCUCGUCGACCCGGACGUCGCCGCCACCGCCUUCGAGCGGACCAAGUGCACCAUCCUCAGGGCCAAGACCUCCGGAUGCUAGCCUAGCUGGUCCUAGUCGUCGCCAUUGAUUGCUUUGAUUGAUUUGAUCUCCUACUGUAAAUAUUAACAGAAUUUUUUAAUUAUUAGCGCAGUAUUUAUUCUAGUUUCAGAUCCGAUUUAGCUGUUGAUGGAACAGGGGUUGCUGUUGUAUAU